AUGUAUUUUUCGUUUGUGGUCAGGAAGCCACUUGAAUCCAAUUUUUAUGUUAUGCAGACAAUGAAUCUGCGCCGCCUCGGCCUUGGCGCAGGCGCGGGGCCGGGCCGAGCCGGGCCGAUCGGGGCCGUGCCGGGCCGGGCCAUGCCGCUGCCGGGGCCGGUGAGCCUGCGGGAGCUGCUGCUGGCGGCCGCGGCCGGCGCCGAGGGGAGCGGCGGGGCGGCGGCUGCGGGGCCGGGGCCGUCCCCUUCGUCCCCCGGCGAGGAGGAGGUGUGCGUGGUGGGCAUCUUCGGGAAGACGGCGCUGCAGCUGUGCUCCGAGAAGGCGGCCCUGGUGAGCACCGUGUGCGACCGGCAGGUCUUCCCCCUCUUCGAGCCGGCCGACCCCGAGGAGGCUGGAGAUGCCGCGGGGCCGGAGGGCGAGCCGGCGGCCAAGGACUACAACCAGCUGCAGGCGUACUACAGCCAGGAGAGCAGGGUGCUCUACCUGGUGCUCACCUCCAUCUGCGACACGCCGCAGCUGCUGAAGGCCUGCGGGGACCUGGCGGCUGCAGAGAGCAGGGAGAGCGCGGCCGGAGGACCCGGGCCGCUGCCCCACGCCGAGGCUCACGAGUUCUGGAAGCACCAGGAGAAGCUGCACUGCCUGAGCCUCCUCUACCUCUUCUCCGUCUGCCAUAUCCUGCUGCUGGUGCACCCCACCUGCUCCUUCGACAUCACCUACGACCGCGUCUUCAGGGCGCUGGACGGGCUGCGGCAGAAGGUGCUGCCCUCCCUGAAGGCUGCCAUCAAGGACUGCCCGGUCGGCAAGGAGUGGAAGCUGAACUGCAGGCCCUGCCCGCCGCGCCUCCUCUUCCUCUUCCAGCUCAACGGGGCGCUGAAGGUGGAUCCCCUCCCAAGCAGGGGCCAGGACCCCUGCGGCCACCUGGAAAAGCCGCCCCCCAAGAAGCACUCCCCCAAGAGGAGGUUGCAGCACGCCCUGGAGGACCAGAUCUACCGCAUCUUCCGCAAGAGCAGGGUGCUGACCAACCAGAGCAUCAACUGCCUCUUCACCGUGCCCGCCAACCAGGCCUUCGUGUACAUCGUGGCUGGCGGGGCCCAGGAUGGCGAGGACCCCGUGGCCAUGCUGCUCGAUCAGCUCAGGAGCAACUGCACCAUGAGGGAGACGGACUCGCUGCUGGCUCCCACCCUGUCGGGACCCAGGAGGUAUCAGAUGAUGCGCCACGGCAGGCAGCAGCUGUCCUUCUACGCAGAGAGCAGCAGCAGCAGCUCCAGCUCCUCUGGGCAGCUGGUGGACUGCACCCUCAAGGAGUUCUUGUGGCAGCACGUGGAGCUGGUGCUCAGCAAGAAGGGCUUUGACGACAGCGUGGGGAGGAACCCGCAGCCCUCUCACUUUGAGCUCCCAACCUACCAGAAGUGGGUCGCCGCGGCUUUAAAGCUGUACGAAGUGACCAUCGAAGGCAAAGACGAUGACCCGACUUCUCUCACCGGGGAACUGAGCUCCAAAAUCAUGGGCAGCAUCAAAGUCUUGGAAGGCUAUUUAGAUAUAGACACCAAAUUCUCUGAAAACCGUUGCCAGAAAGCCCUCCCCAUGGCCCACAGCGCCUAUCAGUCCAACCUGCCCCACAAUUACACCAUGACGGUCCAUAAGAAUCAGCUGGCGCAAGCCCUGCGUGUGUACAGCCAGCAUGCGCGCGGCCCGGCCUUCCACAAGUACGCCAUGCAGCUCAACGAGGACUGUUACAAGUUCUGGAGCAACGGGCAUCAGCUGUGUGAGGAGCGCAGCUUAACUGACCAGCACUGCGUGCACAAGUUUCACCUGCUCCCGAAAGCAGGUGAGAAGCCAGAAGCAGACAGAAAUCCUCCAAUCCUGUACCACAACAGCCGGGCUCGUUCCACUGGUGCCUGUAACUGUGGAAGGAAACAAGCUCCUCGGGACGACCCCUUUGAUAUCAAAGCAGCAAAUUAUGACUUUUACCAGCUGCUGGAAGAAAAAUGCUGUGGGAAACUGGAGCACAUCAAUUUUCCUGUGUUUCAGCCAAGCACACCUGAUCCGGCACCUGCUAGGGACGAGUCAUCGCCUGCCCCUCCGGAAGGCGAGAUUGAGAAACUAAAAGAAAAAGAACCUCAGACUCAGGGAGAAAGCACAGGUCUGAGCUUGGCCCUCAGCCUGGGUCAGUCGACGGGCAGCUUGGGCACUUACCCGCCUGACGCCCAGGGUGGAGGGGACAAUGCCGAAAGUCACGGGCAGAGUGGGGACUCCAAAAGUGAGAAAAGGCCGAGCCUGGUAGAUCGUCAGGCAUCCACUGUCGAGUACCUCCCUGGGAUGCUCCAUUCUAACUGCCCCAAGGGCCUCUUGCCCAAAUUCUCCAGUUGGUCACUGGUUAAGCUGGGGCCUGCUAAGGCUUAUAACUUCCACACGGGCCUAGACCAACAAGGCUUUAUCCCGGGAACAAACUAUUUAAUGCCUUGGGACAUUGUCAUCAGGACAAGAACUGAAGAUGAAGGAGAUUUAGAUACCAAUUCUUGGCCUGCACCUAACAAGGCCGUUCCCGCAAAGAGGAGCGCAGUUGUGAUGGGAAGAGGGAGACGGAGAGAUGACAUCGCUCGAGCUUUCGUAGGAUUUGAAUAUGAAGAUGCACGUGGUAGGAGGUUCAUGUGUUCAGGACCCGAUAAGGUCAUGAAAGUGAUGGGCGGAGGGCCAAAGGAAUCCGCCAUCAAAGCCCUCAAUUCUGACAUGCCGCUGUACAUCCUGUCGUCGACUCAGGGGCGAGGGCUCAAGCCACAUUACGCUCAGUUCAUGAGACUCUUUGUGGUGGUUCCGGAUGCUCCACUGCAAAUAACAUUGACGCCUCAGGUUCAGCCAGGGCCACCACCUUGCCCUGUAUUUUACCCUGAGAAACAGGAAAUAACCCUUCCAGCUGAUGGACUCUGGGUGCUUAGAUUUCCUUAUGCGUAUGUGACAGAACGUGGACCCUGCUUUCCUCCAAAAGAAAGCCAACAAUUAAUGAGUUACAAAGUUCUUCGAGGAAUACUGAAAGCGAUUACACAGUAAGAAUUGCUCCGGUAGAUUGAUUUUAGUUUAAAAAGACUGUCUUCAACCAAAAUUAUGGUUUUUGAUUCAUGUUUGUUACCUAACAGUUAUCACUGUGAUCUAGUGAACCCCACUGUAUUUCACUGGAACACAUUUUGGAAAUAGUCAGAUAUCAAAGUGGAGAAGUGAAUCCAAGAAAAAGAUGUAAGUCUUCUGUUGAGUUUUUUGUAUGUAAAAAAUAAAAGCUGGUUAUCAUCCUGAGCCUACA